CCUUCGUCUUCGUCCGUAUUCAUCGAUCAGCCAGUAGGCAGAGGUUUCGUCGGUCGGAAAAUGGGGAAAAGGAGGAAGAGUGACGGUGAAGCUAUGGAAUAUGAAGACCGCGGGGAAUCUGGUACCAGUAGGGAGGAGGAUAAGAAGAAGAAGCAGAAGCAAGAGAUACUUCCGUCGAUGAUAAAGAACAAGGAGAAGAGAUCUCAAGUGUACGCGAAGCUCAGGCACGAGAAGAAAGUCGAGAAGAAGAAGAAGAUUAGAUCUCGUGACGCCGCGGAGAAGCGAGCUGUUGAACUCGGCGAGGAGCCGCCAGAGAGGAUGAUCCCUCGGACGAUUGAGAAUACUCGAGAGCUAGACGAGACUGUUUGCAGACCCGAUGACGAAGAGCUUUUUGCUGAUAUUGAUGGGGAUGAAUUUCGUCCAAUCCUGGGGCGUGAGGUUACACCGAAGAUCUUGAUCACAACAUGUCGUUUCAAUUCUACUAGGGGGCCUGCAUUUGUAUCAGAGUUACUCUCGGUGAUCCCAAAUUCCCAUUAUCACAAGAGAGGAACGUAUGAUCUGAAAAAGAUUGUAGAAUAUGCGAGGAAGAAGGAUUUCACAUCUCUGGUUGUAGUUCACACGAACCGCAGGGAACCAGAUGCUCUCCUUAUCAUUGGCUUGCCAGAUGGUCCUACUGCUCAUUUCAAAUUAUCAAAUCUUGUUCUACGGAAGGAUAUAAAGAAUCAUGGGAAUCCUACAAGCCAUGAACCAGAGCUCGUGUUAAAUAGUUUCACGACACGUUUGGGUCAUCGUGUUGCAAGAAUGAUACGAUCACUCUUCCCUCAAGAUCCGAAUUUCCGUGGGCGGAGAGUUGUAACAUUUCACAACCAACGGGAUUUCAUAUUUUUCCGACAUCACCGUUACAUUUUUGAGACCAAGGAAAGUAAGCAAAACGAAUCAAAAGGCAAGGGUGCUGGUGAUAAAAACGAAAAGGAUGGCAUAGCUCGAGAAAAAGUAAUAGCUCGCCUUCAGGAAUGUGGUCCUCGAUUCACACUCAAGCUGAUAAGUUUACAGCAUGGGACUUUUGACACCAAAGGUGGAGAAUAUGAAUGGGUUCAUAAGCCUGAAAUGGACACCAGCAGGAGGAGGUUCUUCUUAUGAUUGGAGACGUUGGUUUUUUCGCAAGUAAUUUCCUUUCUUCUUUUCUUAUAGAGGAUGGGUUCUUCAAUGAAGCAUGCUCUUGAUUGCCGAUGGAGAAAUGACAUUGGUUGUUCAUUACAACUUGAUCCUUGUAAACCGAUUUUUUAUGUGGCAAAAGGCAAUCCGACCAAUUAUGCCGACCUUGAUCGGAAAAACUCUUCUAAAUUAUACACUUGUUUUCAAUGAAGAAUCCAGAUAUCCCCAUCUUAUAAUA